AUGUGUAUCCUUCUCACGAGAACCUUCAAGUGUUUCCCAGACGGUACACCCUCGCAGCAUACCUUCCGGUAUAUUAUUCGAUGCGCCAGCCCGAGAUAUGCCGAGUGUCUAAGCCCAAAAGCUCUCGCCAAGCAAUCCGAGGAAUACGAGAUUGCCUGUCAUGAAUGCACCGGCAAAUUCCUUCAGCCCUUCGCCAAGCCGAAGCGAUUCACUCAGAGUAUGGUUGAUGAAAAUGACAUGGAAGCACGAGACGCUGCUGAGAACUACGCCAAAUCCAUGGUCGAAUUCCUCAAUAUGGCAUUGAUGGAGGCGUCAUCUCCGAUUCUGAAUAACCCUCAUGACGAUCAAUUUGUCUAUCGAGUCAGCAAAAUCGAGACAGCCUGUCGCUUCGACAAGGACCAUGUCGAGAACGGUGCCAACUGCGAAUGCUUGGAGAGAGACGAUGCCACCAAAGAGUUCAAUACGAAUAGGAUGACUGAACUUCACAACACCGCUGCGGCCAUGCGGCGGAUCGUUUCCCACGCAUAUUGGUUCCCUUGGCGAGGGUUCUGGCCCGGUCCUGUCACCGGCAAUCGAGCACAAGUUAGAGUGAGGUAUCUAUCCUUAGCCCACACCCAGAGGCCGGCCAACGACGGAGAGCUCGAUCCCGAAUUUCUGCCUGUCGAACAAUACAUUGAACUACAUCGGCAACAGCCCGACUUUACGUUUCUAGACAACCUUGGCAACCGAAAGCUUGACGAGAGUGAAUCACUUACAGUCGUGCCCGUUCUGCAUAGCGCUCCUGAUAUCCUCGGCCGAGUCGAAGUUUUCACGGAUUUACUGACGGAAACAAUCGAGUCUUUCGGCGGGAGAGAUGGGUGGGAACGCUCUUUACUUACUUCUAAUUUUCCUAUGACAUUGUUCGCUGAAUAUGCCGCGGCCACCUUUGAUGCGCGAAUGCAAGUUUCCAACCUUGUUUCGCGUCUCCUGGCCCACGAUCCAGGGCUGACCAGGGCACGAAUCGCUUCCAUCAGCCGGAUAUUCCUAAGAUUCUGGCAUUUCGAUACAAACGUUAUGCGUGCCAGCUUCUCCCAAGACCUACGCCGAUUAUUUGACAAACUCGUCAUUCAUACUUACGAGGCCAUCGUCCAAAGGGGUUCUGGUAGAUAUCGGAACGGUGCGUACGCAGGCGGGAUGCUCACCAGCCCUGGCCACUACAAGCAUACCGAGUAUAUCAUCCUACGCAACACGUCAAUGAGGUUGAAAGACGAAUUUUACAGACAGGAUCUCCUCGAGAGCGUCGUCGCGCCGCUUACGAAGGCGGAGCUUCAGGAACUGGACCUGGCCGACACGGACUGUUUUGUCUGUAUGGAGCCGCUCGGGACCGUGCAGGAUCCGCACGCGGCUGUGCGCUUUAAAUGCGCCUCGGAAAAGCACGUGGUGGGAAAGAAUUGCUGGAUGAAGUCUCUUCGCCGCAUACGACCAAAAUACAACUCGAGCGAGUUGAAGUGUCCUUUGUGCUCGGACUGCGUGCUGAGUGACUGGAAGACGCCGUUCAAUAACAACCAUCUUUGGGCUUGGGAUGUCGUCCGGAGUACUGUGCCGCAGUUGGCCCAAGAAAUGGGUGAUGCAGGGUACACUGAACUUUAG